UUACACGUUUGUUGUACGUGCUGGGAAAGUAUAGCGAGACAAACAGUAACCAUCCAGUCACUGCAGUUAUAUAUAAAUAAGAAAAACGUGGUCACAAGAGGAAAUAUUGAUAAAUUUGACCAUACGUCUGGCAGCCAUACAGUCAGCUGAUCCGAUAGAAGGUGGCGGUGGGCGAGACUGGAAGAAGUUCGAGUAUUCAGUGAAAUAUUAGCCCAGUAGGAGGACGUGUAGCGUCAGACUCUCCCUCAUCAAACUGGGUAAUACUUGCGUGGUGUGCGGGGUGGUGACAGGAGACCAGGGAAGCCUUAUCAGUGUAGACAGACCGAGUAUAAACCGCGGCAUGUCAGCGCGAAGCAGUCAUUCCUCACUUGCCAAGAGCGAGUCUGCAGGAGCGGAGGAGAUGCUCUCACUACUCCGCCAGUCCCUUAAGUCAUGCAAGAUUCCUGGAGAGACAAAUUUCGAGGCUUCAACUCCUCAUGUAUUUGUCAUCCUCGGGGCAUCGGGUGACCUGGCCAAGAAGAAGAUAUACCCGACUCUCUGGUGGCUGUACAGGGACAGACUAGUGCCAAAGAACACGAUCUUCUUUGGCUACGCCCGCUCUGACCUAACGGUGGACCAGGUGAGGGACAAGUGCGAGCAGUACAUGAAGGUCAAGGAGGGUGAGGAGGAACGGUACCAGGAGUUUUGGAGCUUGAAUUAUUAUGUGAAAGGUUCCUAUGACAUCAGGAGAGAUUACGAAUUGCUGAACCAAGAGAUGACCAAGGUGGGGACAGAGAGGGCGAACCGCAUCUUCUACCUGGCUCUCCCUCCAUCAGUGUUCGAACCGGUAACCUCCAAUGUGAAGAAGUGCUGCAUGGCCACUGGAGGCUGGACCAGGGUCAUCAUAGAGAAGCCGUUUGGAAAGGAUUCAGACUCCUCUGCCGAACUGUCUGCACACCUGGCUGGCCUGUUCAAGGAGGAGGAGAUAUAUCGCAUCGACCACUACCUCGGCAAGGAGAUGGUGCAGAAUCUGAUGUCUCUCAGAUUUGGCAACAGAAUUUUUGGGCCCACGUGGAACAGAGACAACAUAGCUUCUGUCUUGAUAUCAUUCAAGGAGCCGUUUGGGACACAGGGGCGAGGCGGAUACUUCGACAGCUUUGGUAUCAUAAGAGACGUAAUGCAGAACCACUUGUUGCAAAUCCUGUGCCUGUUUGCCAUGGAGAAGCCUUGCUCGACCUCCGCUGAUGAUAUACGUGACGAGAAGGUAAAGGUUCUGAAGUCAAUGAAUGUAGUGGGGAUGGAGGACGUGGUGCUGGGACAAUAUGUUGGGAACCCCGAGUUAGAGGGAGACGGUGCUCUUGGAUACCUUGAUGAUCCCACCGUGCCGCCAGACUCCUCCACCCCCACCUAUGCUCUCGCCGUCACCAGAAUCAACAACGAGAGAUGGGAUGGCGUGCCUUUCAUUCUGCGGUGUGGUAAAGCUUUGAAUGAGAGGAAGGCUGAGGUUCGCAUCCAGUACAGGGACGUUCCUGGGGACAUCUUCCACGGCCAGACCAAGAGAAAUGAGCUGGUGAUUCGUGUCCAGCCAGGAGAAGCCAUCUACUGCAAGGUGAUGACCAAGACUCCAGGGAUGUCCUUUGGCUUGGAAGAGACAGAGCUGGACUUGACUUAUGGCGACCGCUACCGAGGGGCCAAGCUGCCUGACGCGUACGAACGUCUCAUCUUGGACGUCUUCUGCGGCUCCCAGAUGCACUUUGUCAGGAGUGACGAGCUGGCAGAGGCUUGGAGGAUAUUCACUCCUCUCCUGCACCACAUAGAGCAGCAGCACCCCAAGCCCAUCCCUUACACGUACGGCUCCCGGGGCCCAGCCGAGGCCGACGCCAAGCUGGCCGAGAACAACUUCAUCUACUAUGGCUCAUACAAGUGGACCAAACCAAGCCAGCUGUAGAGGAAGAGUUUGUGAGGUGUUGGGGGCAUUUUGGGUGUGUUAUGGCUGUGUAAAAGCAAGUCAGCUGUAGAGGAUCACUAAGACAGAAGAGGGAGAAGCACUCAUGAAAUACCUAAGUCAUAAAACUUUAAAAACACACAGAAGAGGGAGAAGCACACUUGAAAUUCCCACAUCCACGUCUUAAAAUCUCUGUCAAGACAAGGCAUUGAACACCUUGUCUUGUCUUGUCUCAGGAUCAAAACACAAAGAAGAGGAAGAAACAUACUUGAAAUACAAAGAAGACAGAGAAACACAUAUUAAAUUCCCACAUCUUAAAAUCUCUCUCAAGACAAGGCAUUUUACUCCUUGUCUCGUCUUGUCUCAGGAUCAAAACACAAAGAAGAGGAAAAAACUUACCUGAAAUACACAGAAGAUGGAGAAACACAUGAAAUUCCCACAUCUUAAAAUCUCUCUCAAGAUAAGGCAUCCAUUUUACACCUUGUCUUGUCUUGUUCCAGGAUCAAAACACAAAGAAGAGGAAGAAACAUACUUGAAAUACACAGAAGACGGAGAAACACACAUGAAAUUCACAUAUCUUUCUCAUAAAACCUCUGUCAAGACAAGGCAUCCAUUUUACACCUUGUCUUGUCUUGUUUCAGGAUCAAAACACACAGAAGAGGGCUCCUGGUUCCCUCACUCCGUCCCUUAUAGUCGCCUACUACAGCACACAGGGGAUAAAAUAGUUGUAGUUUUCUUCCCUGACUGCUGAGUGUGUGCCAGACUGUCCCCCUUCUGAUGAGAGAAUCCUUUAAUCCUUCAUCUGUCAGUUAUAACCCCAGUGAGAGUUAGCCAGGAGUAGGUAGAAUACAAGGCAGUUUGAUAGCAAGACCUGACAGAUCUCUUUAAAACCCUGUCUAUCUAUUUGACACCUCAGUGAAAGAGUUAGCUGACUGUAGGUAGAAUAUAACGCAGUUUGAUAGCAAGACUUGACAGGAUCCUUCACAGUGUGACAGAUACAGGCCUGGAAGGGAAGGGUAUUUAUCUGUCAGCUCUGGUCAAUACCUACUGUGGCUAUUGUAGUUCACUUCCACAGUAGUCUCAGUGUGUGUGGCAAUGUCAGACUCGUGGUAACAUUAGUGUCCUGUCGGGCAUUCAGUUCGUUGCCUCAUGUGGGUUCCUGUAGUUCAGUUUCUCAGCAUUUCCAUGAUGCUAUAAAGGUUCCAGGUUCUCAGCCAAGCAACAUAAGAAAGGUGCUCUUUGUGCUUCAUUCCUGUAUAGUGACUUAACUAGUGACAUUCCCUUUUGUUUUCCACCAGAUAGUAAAAAAAAGAAAUUUAGUUAGAUGUAAGUGUUCUCAGUGAAGCAACACAGUAAGGGUGCUGUCUGUGCUACAGUGCCUUGUGCUACAUUCCUUAGUGUGUUUAUACUGACCUAACCAUUGACAUUCCAUCUUGUUUUCCACUAGAGACAAAGAAAAGUUAUAUUAGUUUGUUAUAAGUGGAUAAAUCUGAAAUGAGGAUGUUUUAUGUAACAUUCCAGCAAUAUUUCUGCAGCAAUGUGACUAUGGAGGGAGAAGAGAGGAAGAGAGGCAAGUAGGUUGGAUAAAGAAAUGUUUAGUUAGUUUGAUAGAUGAGAAUAGAAGAGUUGCCUCUAUAUUAAUGUGACAUUGGAGUUAUUUUCUGUUAGAGAAGAGAGAAUAAUAUGUAGGUUGAAAACAAGAAAUAUUUAGUUUCUCAAUGGAAAAGAAUUACUGUAUCAGAAUGUGUUUCCCGCAGCUGCUGCCAGAUGAAGAAUUAACGCCAAUUCAUUUAGUAUUUAAAGCAUAGCCGGUGGAUCAAAGUCCUGAAAUAAAUAUGAUAUCAUGCAUUUAUAACACUGAAAAUUGAUUAUUAAAAAGAAAUGGGUCUACUCAUCCUCUCCUAAUGAUUACUGGAGUACAGAAUAUUGAAUUGUUCUCAUUACCUUGAAUGUUAUGCAUCAGCUGAGUCGGUCUUGAAGGAAAGGAAUUCAUGUUAUUUAUUCAAUAUUUAUGCACCGUGAUGUAUUUGCAGUGUUGUGUCACCCGAUGUAUAUUUAAAAUGUUUAUAUUCCUGCACUCACUUUAUUGCUGGAACUUGAUGCUGUGGUGGUGGGGCUAAAUGUGUGUGUGUGUGUGUGUGUGUGCACGCGCUCAAUUUUGACAUAAUAACAGUUGAAAGGAGUUGAAACCAAGCUUGAUACAAUGGUGGUUGAGCUAAGUGUGUGUGUGUGUGUGUGUGUGUGUGUGUGUGUGUGUGUGUGUGUGUGUGUGUGUGAUAUAAGAACACAAGAAAAUAAGGGUUGAUGCAGGAAGCGUGGCAGUCCCUGUAGGAAACAUGCCUACCUGUUUCCACCCAUCAUGUGUGUGAAGUGUUCUCAGCUUUGACAGAGUAACAGUGUUUGCAAGGAGUUGAAAUCAAACCUUUAAUAGAGACAUCAGUUUGGUGUUGAGUGUCACACCACUUAGUGUCUUUGCAGGGCUGUAAGGGGCACCCAAGGCCUCUCAUUAACCUGAUGUUUGGGCUUCCCUUAUAUUCUAGGGCUGAGUUAUAAUAAUAUCUGUCCUCGACUUGUGUUAUGAUGCAAGGGCAGAUGGAGGAGCAAAGACUGUGUUUAACUAUUUACAUUUUUGCAGGAUUGAAUUGAGGACAUUGUUUAACAUGUAGUAACAAAUUAUUAUGUUUUCUAUUUUAUGUAUAAUGUUUACACACACACGCACAUACACACACACUCUAAGUUUCCAAGUUGUAUCACAAAACCCAAUAUUUCAUUUGACAUUCCUUGCAUAGCUUUUAGUUUAUCACAAAGAACAAGAUUAAACUCUGCAUUCCUUUACA